UUUUAACCGCGUUUCCAUUCAUAGAACCGGAUUCUCUGCUCUGCAUCCUGGUCCGUUACGCAGUUUUGGAACGGACUUUGUUCUGGACUCUGUCGUGGAAACUUCUCCUCCAAAUGACGAAGAAGAGGAAAGCUGGCGCCUUCCCGAAACACCAGAACCGGCUCGGUCCACAUUCAAGAAUCGAGCUUCCCCAGCACAGAGUCACGGAGUGAAGCAGAGUCAGCAGCUAGUGUUAUCUUUAGGACCCGGCGGAGCGCGCGCGCGCGCGUGGAGCUGGACAUGUGGCUCCAUUUCAUCCAGACUGCUCCUCUCUCUUCUCCUCAUUCGGAGACAGCUCGACUGGCGGAAGAAAUCCCGCAAACUUGUCCCAUCCUGCGCUAUCAGCGGCUGUCCUGCGGGACCAUAUUACGCGCAGAUGGACUUCAACAUCGUGGGACUGAUCUUUUGUGCGCCAUUCCGAUGAAGGUACCGCGGGGACGCGCUCCGUAGAUCCCGCCGGUCAUCGCGUCCACCAUCCGUAUCAAAAAAACGGAUAUCUUGGCGACUUCUCAAAGUUCUGGAGAAGUUCGGGAAACGAAGAGGAAUCCAUAGAGAGGACGAUGUGGUUCGGGUUCUGCGCCCGUGACAAUUUUACCGAUUAUCUCCGUGAAAACCAGAGUCAGCGUCACCGUGACACCGGAGUCCCGCCGUUCGGUUCGGGCUGUGAAAAAACUUGUUGACUGGGCAUCUCGUCUUCGUUUGAGGAACUUUGAUAGCGCUCACUGUGACCGCUGUGAUGGGAAUGAAGCCCACUGAAAUGAAGGGAACCUCAUCUGCUGGAAGCUGCUGAAGCUGAGGAUGCUGCCUGUGUGUCUGGACUCCUCAUCGACUCCUCAAACCUGCAGUUAGUUUAGAGGAUUAACCGCCCUCCCACGUCUGUGAAGAAACGGAGCUACUCUGAGCGUGUCCCGCAGCAGAGACACCAUGCUUUGGUGGACCUGGUUUGUCCUGCAGCUGCUGUGCUCCACAGUCAUUCGGGGGCUGCAGCAUUAUCAGACGGCGUGGGGACACUACGACGUGUGCAAGUCUCAGAUCUAUACGGAGGAGGGCCUAGCUUGGGACUACAUGGCCUGUCAGCCAGAAGCUACAGACAUGACAAAGUACCUGCGCGUGACCCUUGACCCUCCAGACAUCACGUGUGGAGAUCCGCCAGAAAUGUACUGCGCUUUGGAGAACCCGUACAUGUGCAACAACGAGUGUGACGCCGCCACAGAGGAGCUGGCUCAUCCUCCCAAGCUGAUGUUUGACUUUGAAGGUCGGAACCCCACCACGUUCUGGCAGUCGUCCUCGUGGAAAAAAUACCCCAAGCCUCUGCAGGUCAACAUCACGCUGUCGUGGAACAAGAGCAUCGAGCUGACCGACGACAUCGUUCUCACCUUCGAGUCGGGCCGGCCGGAGCAGAUGGUGCUGGAGAAGUCCCUGGACUUUGGUCGGACCUGGACCCCGUACCAGUUUUACGCCACAGACUGUCUGGAUGCUUUCACAAUGGAGCCCAAGACGGCGAGCGAGCUGACGCAGCUCACCCUGCUGGACAUCAUUUGCACUGAGGACUACUCCCGCGGGUACGUGUGGAAGAACGACAAGACGGUUCGCUUCGAAAUCAAAGACCGCUUUGCUCUGUUCGCUGGACCGCGGCUUCAUAACAUGGCCUCGCUGUACGGCCAGCUGGAUACCACCAAGAAGCUGAGAGACUUCUUCACCAUCACCGAUCUCAGGAUAAAGCUGCUGAAACCGGCCACCGGGGCCACCAUGGUGGACGAGAACAACCUGUCCAGAUACUUCUACGCCAUCUCCGACGUCAAGGUUCAGGGCAGGUGCAAGUGCAACCUGCACGCCAACAGCUGCGUGUUCGACAAAGGGAAGCUGGGAUGUGAAUGUGAGCACAACACCACGGGCCCAGACUGCAGCCGCUGUAAGAAGCAUUACCACGGACGAGCCUGGAGCGUCGGCUCCUACCUCCCAAUACCCAAAGGAACCGCCAAUAUAUGCAUUCCCAGCAUGAACGGACCAGUGCAUCGAGCAAAUGCUUCGUCUCUCGGUGUUGUAAAUCGUAACAAAGCUCGCGUCUGCGACAACGCCAUGCUGCGCUGUCAGAACGGCGGCACGUGCCACCACCAUCAGCGCUGCCACUGUGCCCCCGGCUUCACCGGCGUCCUGUGUGAGAGGGCCCGCUGCCAGGGGCCUGGAGAGUGCGAGGACCAGCGGUCUGGACAGCCGCCGCUCCGUCGUUUCUUCAUCAGCCAUCCUCUCAUCCUGACUGUGGCGGCGCUGUCGCUCCCUGUGGUUCCUGUGUGCUGAGCAGCCAGAACCAAACCUAGAACUGAACCCUCAACCCCACAGGCGUGAGCGGGGAGGAACAGCGCUCAGCAUCGCUAUAAAUAAGUCUGUAUAUUCCUCCCUGGUGGGUGGUGUCUACACCGAUUCCUUUUUGACCCGUGAGAACGCCGUUGCUUAGAGAACCUGAAGCUCCACCAGAGACUUACACUUUAAGUCUUUACAUCAGACUUUACAUCUUUUCCUCAUCCCUCCCUUCCCCUGCUUUAGUCCGCCUGGUGUUCCUCUGAUGAAGGGUUCUGCAGAACCUGCUGUACUAUCUAGUAGUCUUCUAAGGCCUUGAAAUCUGGCUUCAGCUCAGUUAUAGGGAGAAAAAAGUUCUGUUAUGUAUUUAAAUGAGUAUGUAUGUAUGUAUGUAUGUGUGUGUGUGUCUCUGUAUGUGUGUGUGUGUGUCUGUAUGUAUGUAUGUG